AUGAACAAGUUGAAAAAAAUGUUUUCCACUUCCACUGAAAUUGAUUGUCUCCGGGAAGAACUGCAGAGGUUGGAGAUUCGAUCAGGCUUGACUUUUCCAAAAAAUGUUGUAUUGGAGUUCAGAUUCCUGAAGUUGUUCGUCAGCUGCUUGACGAAUUGCCCGGAAACAGGUAAGGACACCACGAAUCUUGAAUCUCUGUUGAUCAGCAUUAGAAGGAUAGUGAAACAAACUGAUAUUCUUACUGCGACCAAUUUGGAUACCGUGAGCUCAAGUUUGUUGGAAAGAAUCGAGCACUUCAAGCCGAACAUUAGAGAAAUGUGUUCCGUUUUGUUGGUUCCUUCGUUACAGUCCUCCAAGUCUUGCUCCAGUGAUGAAGUCCUGGAAUUCAUUGGUUUCCUUCUCGGGAAUUUGGAGGGUCUUCUUGAAUUAAAAGGUGAUGAAAUUGUUGUUUCUCUGAAGAAUCAAAUCAUGGUUCUUCAAAAAAGGCUCUUUUUCCUGGGAAACCUUGUUCAUUUUGCUUCAACAAGAUGUACCGAGCAUCAGAAAAUGGACGAUUUGUUGGAUUAUGUGCACGAUUGGGUUCACAAGGCGGCGUGUUUGUCUCUUCUUAUCUGGCUGGACGGGAAGGAUGAAGUGAAGGGGCCAAGAUUGGAAAGUAUGCUCCACAAUCUCCUGCAAAAGAUCAAGCCUUAUUCUCCAGAGGGAACAGGGAAGUUCAUUGAAGUCUUGAAAGCCUCAAAGUCAUCAAGAUCUGACAAACUUUUUGGGGGUCAAAUAGUAGCAGCUCUUGUUGAUAUUUUCCUUGAAGAUUUAGAUGACUCUUUGAAGGAUUAUGCUGAAGUCCUAAGACAAGGGUUAAUUUUCAUGCUAACCUUCUUGAUGGAACCAUCAGACGGUACUCCAAGAAAUGCUGGAAAUGAACUUUUCGCGCAUGUUAUUGCUGUCAUUGAAGAGCUACUCUCUCUCCUUUCUUCACUGUACAUUAACCAGUUGAAGGUGGACAUGUUAAGCGAAAGCAAAACCAGUCUUUCUGCUAUUCAAUCCAAGAUUGACAAAGUCAAGGAAGAGGUUGCAGAGGUUUAUUUCCAGAUGCCAAACUCCUCAGACUUCAGUUUCCCGAAGACACAUGGUAUGGGUUUCAUUGAUUUUUUCUUGGAGAAUCUGGAGAAAAUGCUGAAAUGUUUUCCCCGUAGCGUUCCUUUCGCUAAACAUCAUGUUGCAGAAAUAAAAAAGCAGCUUGUUCUACUCAAACCUUAUCUGAAAGAUAUCAUGGAAUUCCAGAAUGAGUCUGAGGAAUUAAAAGAUCUUUGGCAACGGGUUAUCAAUGUGGCCUACCGGGCCGAAAAUGCUAUCGCCUCGUGUUCACUUGUGGAUCACCCCAUUUGGUAUGAUAUGUUGUGCCUCUCUAAUGUAUUAGAAGAAAGCAAGCUUAUUGGAAGAGAAGUGCAAAAGUUCAAUGAUGAUCUGAUCCCCAAAAUGAGAACAGCCCGCGCUGAAACAGGUUCCAGUCGCCUGCUGCCAGCGCAAGAAGAUACCUCAAGGCUCAAGGAGGUUGUCAUUGGCUUGAAGGAUGACUCACAGAAAUUAAUUGAGAGGCUCAAGAGAGGAACUACAAAGCUUGACAUCGUCUCAAUUGUGGGCAUGCCAGGCCUUGGUAAGACUACUCUAGCCAAGAAAUUAUAUAAUGAUCCAUCUGUAGUAUAUUACUUUCAUAAGCGCGCAUGGUGUUGUAUAUCUCAAACUUAUACAAGAAGAGACAUAAUCCUCGACAUUUUAUCUGGGAUUUGUGGUUUUGAUGCUCGAAAGUCUGAUUCUGACACAAGAGAGGAAGACUUAGCAGAUAAGCUCCGGAAAGCUUUGAAGGGACUAAAAUACAUCAUCUUCAUGGAUGACAUUUGGGAUGUUGAAGCCUGGGAAAGCAUAAAAAUAUCAUUUCCAGAUGAUAACAAUGGAAGUAGAAUUGUAUUUACUAGUCGCAUUCAUAACUUGUUUCAACAAGUUAAUCCUAACUGCAGCUCUGAUCAUCAGCUUCGUCCACUGUCAGAUGAAGAAAGUUGGGAGUUGUUACAAGAGAAGGUAUUUCACCAAGAAUUUUGCCCUCCUGAUCUAUCAGAAAUAGGCAAAUGUAUUGCAAAAAACUGCAAAGGGUUGCCUCUCUCGGUCGUUCUGGUUGCUGGUGUCCUAGAGAAAAGAAGCAAGAACGUUGAUUGGUGGGAGCAAAUUAAACUAAGUACAAGUUCGGAGAUUGCAGGUGAAGGGUGCAUGAAUGUGCUUGAACUAAGUUACAAGCAUUUACCAGAGUCUUUGAAGCCUUGCUUUCUCUAUUUUGGAGCAUUUCCAGAGGACACAGCAGUCAGAGCACGAAAGCUGAUGAAUCUUUGGAUUGCUGAAGGAUUAAUACCUAGAACUGAAAAGAAGAGCUUAUAUGAACUAGCAGAAGAUUACUUGAUUGAUCUGAUUGAUCGAAGUCUGAUAAUCCUUAGCGAGAGAAGCUCUAAAGGUGGUGUAAAGGCAUGUCGUGUUCAUGAUCUACUACGUGAUUUGUGCUUACUGAAAAUUAGAGAAGACAAAUUUCUAGGUUGGGUGCACAACAGUGAUAUUCCUGAUUCUUCUUCUAUGAUACCCAAAAGCUAUGACAUAUAUCGGCUUUUUGUUGAUGCGGGAUGGAAGCCUUUCAUUGAUUCAAAUCCUUCAGUUCCAUAUGUCCAUUCUCUGAUUCUUUUUGGUGGCUAUCCAGGAAAACCAUGUCAGUAUUCUUCAACCUUGUUUAAUAGCUUUAAACUUCUUAAUGUCCUGGAUUUGGAGUGUAUUUGCUUAGAAUGUGGCUUUCCUGAAGUAAUAACAUCCAUAAUUCAUUUGAGAUACUGUGCGAUGCGAUGUCAUGCUACAGAACUUCCAUUAUCAAUCUCCGAUCUUUGGAAUUUGGAAACCUUAAUUGUGGUAGCUACAGCUGCAGAGAUUCCCUUGCCAAAUACCAUUUGGCAGAUGAAAAGCUUGAGGCAUAUAUGUAUUCCUUCCAUGUGUUUAACAGGUCUUGAGCAUCAUGCAUUUGGCCAGUUAGAGUUCCUGGACUACUUCUCAGCACCAAUUCUGAAUUCUGGAAAAGAAACGGAAGAGUUAUUGGGAAGGUUGCCAGGACUUCGAAAGCUCGAUUGCAAGUUUAUUGAAAGACAGUUCAAUAACAAGCCCUAUAAGUUCCCAGAAUUGAGCCGGCUUAAUGGUCUUGAAUCACUGAAAGUCUAUAGUUAUGGUCCGGUGUUAUUUGGGCAAAAUCAAUAUCCAGCUUUUGAUUUUCCUAGUAGUCUUCGAAGAUUGACACUAGGAAGGUUUUACUUGCCUUGGACAGCUAUAUCAAUAAUUGGACAACUCCCUAAUCUCGAGGUUCUGAAACUACAAGCACGAGCUUUUUCAGGAAGGAGUUGGGACGUUGAAGAAGGAGAAUUCCUGAAUCUUAAGGUCUUGGAACUGUGGCAAUUGGAAUUUGAACAAUGGAAUGUCCCAGAUGAGCCAUUCCCCUGCCUUGAGCAACUUACAGUGAAGCACUGCUAUAGCCUUGAAGGUAUCCCAUCAAGUUUAGGCUACAUUCCAACCUUGAAGAAGAUAGAAAUGCACUGGUGUUCAAAAGCCUCUGAUUCAGCCAGGCAGAUUCUAGAAGAACAGCUGGAGAUGGGAAAUGAUGGCCUUGAAGUAAUUGUAUUCGGAUAG